AUGAAGCCGGCGCGGCUGCUGCUGCUGCUGAGCGGGUGCGCGCUGCUGCUGGCGCCGGCCGUGCGCGGCUGCGGGCCGGGCAGGGUGGUGGGCAGCCGCCGCCGGCCGCCCCGCAAGCUGAUCCCCCUCGCCUACAAGCAGUUCAGCCCCAACGUGCCCGAGAAGACGCUGGGGGCCAGCGGCCGCUACGAGGGCAAGAUCGCGCGCAACUCGGAGCGCUUCAAGGAGCUCACGCCCAACUACAACCCCGACAUCAUCUUCAAGGACGAGGAGAACACCGGCGCCGACCGGCUCAUGACCCAGCGCUGCAAGGACCGCCUGAACUCCCUGGCCAUCUCCGUCAUGAACCAGUGGCCGGGGGUGAAGCUGCGGGUGACGGAGGGCUGGGACGAGGACGGCCACCACUCGGAGGAGUCGCUGCAUUACGAGGGCCGAGCCGUGGACAUCACCACCUCGGACAGGGACCGCAACAAGUACGGCAUGCUGGCUCGCCUGGCCGUGGAGGCCGGCUUCGACUGGGUCUACUACGAGUCCAAGGCGCACAUCCACUGCUCCGUCAAGUCAGAGCACUCGGCUGCUGCGAAGACGGGCGGCUGCUUCCCCGGCCGGGCGCUGGCGACGCUGGAGAACGGCGCCCGGACGCCGCUGUGGGCGCUGCGGCCAGGCCAGCGGGUGCUGGCGAUGGACGGGGCUGGCCGUCCCACCUACAGUGACUUCCUGGCCUUCCUGGACAAGGAACCCCGCGCCCUCACCGCCUUCCACGUCAUCGAGACGCGGGAGCCCCCCCGGCGCCUGGCCCUGACGCCCACCCACCUGCUCUUCGUGGCCGAGAACGCCUCGGCGCCCGCCGCCCGCUUCCGCCCCACCUUUGCCAGCCGCGUGCGCCCCGGACACUUCGUGCUGGUGGCGUCGGGCUCGGGGGGCUUGCAGCCCGCCGAGGUGGUGGGGGUGCGGGGCCGGACGGACGUGGGGGCUUACGCCCCGCUGACGAGCCACGGGACGCUGGUGGUGGACGACGUGGUGGCCUCGUGCUUCGCCCUGGUGCAGGAGCACCAGCUGGCCCAGCUGGCUUUCUGGCCGCUCCGGCUCUACCACGGCCUGGUGGGGUGGCCGGGGGCGCAGGGGGACGGCGUGCACUGGUACUCGGGGCUGCUCUACCGCCUGGGCAGGCUGCUGCUGCCCCCCGACAGCUUCCACCCGCUGGGGGUGCCCCGGGUGGAGAGCUGAGGGUGUGCUGGCGGAGGAGGUGGCCGCGGGGCGGCUCUCGGGGGGGGGGG